UGAUGAUCAGUGUGGCCCCAGAAGUGCCACCUGUCAGUGUCCAUCAGUGCCUUAUGUCAGUGCUCAUCAGUGCCUCGUGCCAGUGCCCAUCAGUGCCACAUAUCAGUGCCUACCAGUGCACAUCAAUGCCACAUAUCAGUGCCCAUCUGAGCUGCCUUUCAGUGUCACCCAUCAGUGCCAGUCAGUGCCACCUAUCAAUGCCAAUCAGUGCCACCUAUCAGUGCCAGUCAGUGCCGCCUAUCAGUGCCAGUCAGUGCUGCCUAUCAGUGCGCAUCAGUGCCGCCUAUCAGUGCCUUGCCAGUCAGUGCCGCCUAACAGUGCCAGUCAGUGCCACCUAUUAGUGCCAGUCAGUGCUGCCUAUUAGUGCCAUAUAUCAGUGCCAUGUAUCAGUGCUGCCUUUCAGUACCCAUCAGUGAUGCCUGUCAAUGCCCAUCAGUGCCACCUACCAGUGCCUCUUCAUCAGUG